AGCAAGAGCGAGGCUUUUAAAUAAAAUUAAAUAAUUUAUUUAAAAUAGAUUUUAAAACCAGUUAGCUGAUUAAUCAGGUUGGUAAAGCCUGAUCUUUAUUUUUAUUGUAGGAUCGUGAUCACUUGUCAAAACUAUGGGUUUUGCGUUAAUAACAAGAUAAAUAUUCCUUUUAUUUAAUUUAUUGUUUAUAGUAAGAAGAAAGUUACAAUUGUUACAAAUUGUUACUUACGUUUAAUUACAGAUUCGUUGACAAGAUUAUCGCAGGGUUGUUAUAAUUGGUUUUCUUGGUUUGAACUCGUUUCAAUUGAAUGAAACUGAAAGUUUGUUUUAUUACACUUGUGUAAUAUUCACAACUUUAUAACAGUUUUUGUGCUAAAAUAACAGUUUCACGUUUUCUAAGUGUUAAAUUAUUUAUCUUGCACCUUUUUAGGGGAAAGAAACUUGUUUCUAAGUGACAAAUAAUAUAACUUGCACCUUUAUGGAAAGAAUUAGUGAAAUUUAUACUAUUAAUUAUUAAUCACAAAUACGACAGUUAAAAUAGCAAAAUUAUCAACUCUAAGUGUUAAAUUAUUUGUCUUGCACCUUUUUAGGGGAAAGAAACUUGUUUCUAAGUGAUAAAUAAUCUAACUUGCACCUUUUUACGGGAAAGAAUACAAUAAUUCGCGUUUUAACCGAAGGGUCGCUCUACAAUGAUACUGUCCGCACUGAACUACACCGGAACUUUUGACAAUUGCUCUUGAAUUUGCAGGGGUUUAUAUAGGACUUUUAGUCCAUGUAUCGUGUGGGGACAAUAGUAAAAAGCACGAUUCUAGCCAAAAGAGCAUAUGUCACGUUUCUAGCUAAAACAACAUUGAGCACGUACGGAUGUAAUAUGAUCUUUUCUAUCUUAUUCUAUUUUCUAUCUAUCUAUUAUUCGAGCUUAUAAUCAAUACUUAGUUCGAUAUCUGUUAAAUUCAAAUGUUGUUACAUGUUUUCAGUCUUUUAAUCGAAUCGAUAAUCGAUUAUCGAUUAAUCGAUUGUCGAUUAUCGAUUAAUUUUCGAUUCGAUCAAUUUAAAGGAAUUUCAAAUUGAUUGUCCGAUGACAUACGACUAAUAACAACAUUCGAAUGUUAUUUGUUUGAUUAAAUAAUUAUUAUUAGUAAUAUUAAUUAGUUUUGUAAUUUGCAUUUAUUCUUUCUAUCAUCUUUUUAAUCAUGCGUCAUCUCUUGUCAUUCAUGGCUUUGACACUUGUCGCAAAAGCAUAGUACGUUGACUCAGUUUACUAUUUCAUUCAUAUGAGUAGUAACACGUGUUAAUGACUCAUAUGAAUGAAGGAUUAUAAUAUUUACUUAUGAUUUCUAUCUUAUGCUUUUAUAUUUUAAAAUUUGUAAUAAAUAAUGCAUUAAUUUGGACUAUGCCUUUGGACAUUGUUCGAACAUUAAAUUUAUGGUUUCUAUUUAGUUAAUUAGUUAACUAAAUUAUUAAAUUUUUAUGAAAUUUGUAUAAGUUCAAAAUAUAUCGGGAUAUAACAGUCCUCCCUCCUUAAAUCGUUCUUCGUCCUCGAGGAACUUAAAUAGUGUAUUCUGAACAUUCGUAAUUUUUACAUUUUAGUAGUUGGAGUGAUUUUAAUAAAUUAUACAAUAACUAAUGUGCUGACAAGGUAAGUUGACAAUCUAAAGUUUAUUUUGAAAUGUAGUGAACGUGUCUAAAGUAAGAUACAUGAAGGAUGAGGUAAGUUGUUGUAGAAACAUCAGCGAAUUGUUCCACGGUCCAGAUGUUCUUUAUGAGACAAAGGUUUUGCUGUUAUCAUCAGUUUUGAGGGAUGGUGAUCUCAGGAUCCACGAUCUUUAUAUCCAUUGUUCUCUUCAGUUUGCCGUUGAUAAUGAGUGAUACAAGUUCGAUAAGCGACGUCUCUACUGUUGAUUUCUUUAAUUAUUGCGUAGAAAACAUGAUUUCGGUAUCGUCGUCGCUUCUUACAGAAAUUCCUCAUGGUGAGAUAAUUUGGUGUUUAAUUUUUCUUUUCUCUUAAUUUUCUCUCUUUUUCUUUUAUUAUUAUGAGUGAAUUAAAUGACAUUAGUGAUAGUGAUAAUGAUUAUAUUGAACAAUUUAAUUUGGAUUUAUUCAAUGAUUCUUUGAAUCAGGAAGAAAAUGUGCGCGAAUUGAGUGACAAUUUAAAUUUAAUGGAAAAUCGUAGUGUAAAUAGUCAAUCUGCCAUAGAAGAGACAAUUGCAUUGCCUUCAACGUCGUCGGGACAAAAUGCUUCCAGAUUGACAGUUGAAGUUUCCACAGAGUAUGGUGCAAAUUUUCCUUCAACUGGUGCUGCAUCUGCUGAUAGUUUUCCGACAUUAAAUAUCGAACUUUGUGAUUAUGACAAUUUAACUCGUCAAUUAGGACCUUCAGUUUCCAGUUCUUCGAUUUUUCACGUUUCCCAACAUAGACUUUUGGGUUUAAGAAUUGUUGAUAUUGAAGAAUCAUUAGGCAUCUAUCAAUUCGCUUUUUGGAGAGUGCCCUUUGGAACUGCCGCACGAACAAUCUGUGACUUGUGUUCAUCCAUUCUCCAGAUUCCUUUCGAUAUUAGUGAUUUUAAAAUAAUAAGACGAUUGGACUCUAAACGUAAGGGAGUGAUAGUGCGUGUUCCUAGUGUGGAGUUAAAAAGAACAAUUUUAACACUAAAGCACAUUUUUUUGUAUAGAGGAUACCAUUUGGAUAUCCUAUAAUUUAUUAUGUAAUUAGCUUUUGUGUAAUGUUUAUUGCAUAUAUAUAUAAUUAUAUUUCUAAAUUUGUAUUCUUUGUUUUGUUGUUUAUAGAUUCCUUUAAUAGUGCUUUCUCUCAUCGACCUUUCAAAAUUGAAUUAUUGGCUCGAAUUAUUUUUGGUGUCACUGAAUUGCAUAGGAUAUCCAGGGAAAUAAAGAAUUUAAAAUGUCCUCGGGGAUUUGCACCAAAUUAUCAAAUAAUAAGCUGUCCUGACUCACAACUGAAAAUGAUUUUCCGCAAAUUACCAGCCUCUUGGUCGGUGGUGAGGGGAAGUUCAAUAGAAGUGCGAAAACUAAAAAUUUCCAAGUCGAAAUUGGAGAGGAAGUUGAUGCGUUUGGUUGCAGCCCUUGUUGUAUCUUCUCAAAAUAAGGCGUGUCUUGUGAGUUUAAAGGGAAAAAACGGACGUUUUUGUCGUUGUGGAAGAUUUAUUCCAAUUAAUCGAAGGGAAUUGACGUGUAUUUGUGGUGUCAAUAAUGCAGUUUUAUUAAUUAAUGAAUCCGAGGAAGAAG